AUGGAGCAAUCGCCAUCUAUCGCGAUCAUUGGAGGUGGUCCCAGUGGGCUGCUAUUCGCCCGGUUACUCGAGCUGAACGGCAUCAGCGACUAUGUCGUUUUUGAACGUGAUCAGUCCAGCGAACAACCGGGCCGGUGGCAGCAAGGGGGCACACUUGACCUGCAUGGGCCCUCCGGACAGCUUGCACUCAAACGGGCCGAAUUGUUUGAGAAAUUCAGCCAUGAUUUUGCUCGAUGGGAUGCCUCAAGUGUUCGCAUUGUUAACCCAGCUGGGGCCACAGUGGCUCUCCUUGGGGAGAACCGCAACGCCCCUGAAAUCGAUCGUCUCCAGCUGCGUCAGCUCUUGCUCGAUUCAAUCCCUGCGCAUAAGAUCCUCUGGGGCCACGCUGUGAAGUCCAUUGAGAGGAAGGAGGAGAGCGACAGCGAGAGAAAGGACAAUGGGUGUAUUGUUCAUUUUGUUAAUGGUGAAUCCGCGAGCGGCUUCCGUCUUCUUGUUGGCGCUGAUGGAGCCUGGAGUAAGGUUCGUUCUUUGCUCACAGCAGCAAAACCAGUAUAUUCUGGCAAGAUGUUCAUUGAGGGCUACUUAUCACACGACAACCAGAGCUAUACGGCGGCUAGGGAAAUGGCAGGCGCAGGAAACAUGAUGGCAAUGGGUCACCACAAGAAAAUCGCGGUCCAGCAGGUCGCUGACGGCACGUAUCGCGUAUACUUUGGGCUAUGUGUUCCAGAAAGCUUCUAUGACCACCGGGACUCAAGUGGAGAAGUGAGUGCGAGCUGUGAAUCCAGUAAAUCCGAAACCCUACGCCGCCUGUUAUUAUCCUCAAACGACUUCUAUGCGAGCUGGGCGCCAGGGCUCAGAAGAUUUAUCGAGAACUCCGAAGGUCCCUUCCGCGCUUGGCCGCUAUAUCGCAUGGAACCGGAGGCAGUCAGUUGGGAGCGGAACAUAGCUCCCGCGGUAACAUUAUUAGGAGAUGCAGCCCACGUUUCGACCCCAUUUGUUGGCGAGGGAGUUAACUGUAGCAUGAAUGACGCCGUUGUGCUUGCAGAUUAUCUGGUAGCGCACCUGGGAAAAGGUGCAAUCCUUGCCAACGUUGAGGAGGCAGCGUUAGAAACGGUUCUCGCUUCGUAUGAAGAAGACAUGUUUGUCAGGGGCCGGGACUUAAUUCGGCGCAGCAUGGAAAUCGAAGAAAGAAUAUUUGCUGAUGACGCUGUUACAUUGCUUUUAGAGCUCUUUAAUGGCGGUAUCGAGAAGUCAGGAUAUGUAAAUCCGGCCCAGCAGAACUAA